AUGACUGAUAUUAUUGAUAGAGGCGCCAGAUUAUUUGAUGAUAACACCACUGAACGUGAUUAUAACCAUGCCACCGAUUCAGAAUACAAAAAAUUCCGAGCUGAAGCUGAUCAAUUAUACAAGAAAAGACAAAAAUUAAGUCAACAAUCACAACAGGCAUUUAAACAAGGAGAUAAACAACGAGCUCAUGAAUUAAGUGAAGAACUGAAACAAAUAUUACAAAAAGCUGAAGAAUAUAAUCGUAAAGCUGCAGAAUAUGUUUUCCGUGAAAAUAAUGAAGAUAGUGGACCUGAUGAAAUUGAUUUGCAUGGAUUAUAUGUUAAAGAAGCAGAAUGGAUUUUACAAAGAAGAAUAUAUUAUGCUGUUCAAACUAAUCAAUCACAUUUAAAUGUUAUUGUUGGUAAAGGUUUACAUUCAGCUAAUGGGGUUGCAAAAAUUAAACCUGCAGUUGACGAAUUAUGUGAUGAAGUUGGUUUAAAACAUUAUAUUGAUCAGAAAAAUACAGGUGUUUUGGUGAUUGAUUUGAAAGGGGUCAACGUUAACCAACUUCCUAAUACUUGGUCUCAAGGUACUUCAAAUAUCACUAAACCACAACAAGCUUACCAAGGAACCGGUCAACCACAAUACCAAAACCAUCAACAACAACAACAACAACAACAAUACCAUGGUAAUAACCAACAACAUUAUCAACAACAACAACAAGGACAACAAGACAUUAAAACCGGUAAUGGAUUGUUUGACUUGGUUCUUAAAGUCUUUUGUGCUUGUAUUAAUAGUAAGUAG